AUGAAGAAUGAUGAGGGAGACGAGCUCGCAGAUGCAGACGUGGCCGUGACACCUACUCCCCGCAGGCGUGGACGUCCGCCGAAGGGCUCAGCCACUCCUGUCAGCUCGAAUCGGGUUGGUGGAGUCGUGUCGACGCCCAAGGGUGCUCGUUCGGCUACGAGGGCGAAUAUAGAGACGCCAUCCCGGGCGAAUGGCCCCAAUGGUAUCGACACACCAGGGCGCCGCACAAUAGCAGACAGGUCUGCCCGGCGAAAGAGUGCGAGGGCUCUGAUCAACCGUGUGGUGGGCGGCGCUACGAGCGACGACGAGGCGGGCGACGAGCAUCUUGUGCGUGCGAUCUAUGAGUCGGACGCAGAAGAUGAUGAGGCUGGGGAGGACGUCGAGGAAGAAGGAGGAAUCGAGGAGGAAGAAGACGACGAGGACGAGGGGGCCACAAGCGCAGCGGCUACCCCGUCCAAGGCCGGUCGCGGGGGCAGGAGGAAGAAGGCGACAUCGAGGAAAAAGUCGCCCAGUCCACCGCGUGAUCUGCCUCCCCAUGAGAUGUACUUUUUUCAGAACAAGCCCGGCCUGGCCAAGACGUCAACCAACACGCUUACGACCCUGGACCUGCUCACACAUGAUGAGUACUUUACGAUCCUCCGUGACCUACAGGAUCCCCACGAGGUAGACAUCAAAUACCUGGAAGACCUGCACGCGGAGUCUUUCAGCCAGUGGUUCUUUGAGCUUGCUGAGGGAUUCAGCCUCUGCCUCUAUGGAUACGGCUCGAAGCGCGCGCUCCUUCAUCGCUUCGCAAAGCACCUGCACAGCCAGAUACAAAAUCACCAGUCUCACAAGAUCGUGGUGAUCAACGGUUACGUCCACACCACCACUAUCCGCGAGGUCCUGACCACCAUCAGCACCGCAAUCGACCCGUCUGCCAAGGUUACAGCAGGGCAGCCUGUCGCGCUGCUCCAGGAUGUGCUCUCCCUGAUCUCAUCAUCAGACAUGACCCUGACCGUCAUCCUCAACUCCGCCGACGCACCAGCUCUGCGCAGGUCGCAGUUCCAGACCGUCUUCUCCCAGCUCGCAGCACAUCCCCAGGUCCACCUGGCAUGCAGCGUCGACACCCCUGAUGCAUCCGCGCUCUGGGACAGCGGACAGCGCUCUAAUUUCAACUUCGCCUUUCAUGAUGCCACCACCUUCGCAUCGAGGUCCGCCGCCGAGCUCGAUGUCGUCGAUGAGGUGCACGAGCUGCUAGGCCGCAAGGCUCGGCGCAUCGGUGGCAAGGACGGUGUAGCUUUUGUGCUGAAGUCUCUACCAGAGAAUGCAAAGAACCUCUUCCGCUUACUUGUAGGCGAGGUUCUUGUGGGUAUGGAGGAUGAGAGCGGUGCUGCCGCCGCAGGGGAAGGCCCUGGCGUCGAGUACCGGAUGUUGUACAACAAGGCGGUGGAGGAGUUCAUAUGCAGCUCGGAAAUGGCCUUCCGGACGCUGCUGAAAGAAUUCCACGACCAUCAGAUGAUCACUAGUCGCAAGGACGUCCUGGGCACGGAGCUGUUGAGCCUGCCUUUCCGUAAAGACGAAUUAGAAGCCAUUUUGGAGGAUUUGGUGUCUUGA